AUGCAGAAGGGUAUCUUGCGUACGAGGAAAUCGCGGAUGUUGCGGCCCACCGGAAAGCGGAAGAUGCACAGGUCGAGCAAAAUGAUGGCGACAAUGAUGGCAACGAUGACGGCGGCGAUGGUGUUGGGGUCAGGGGAAAAAGGUGUGGAGGCUUCUGCAUUAGGGUCGCCGGUUGAAGGCUGUACCUCAGAAGGAUCGGACAAACGCGGUUCACUGACGGACUCAGAGUGA